AUGUCGAACAAGCCAAUCUUUGCAGCAACCCACCCGCGGGCAUGCUCGACGGCCUUUGAGCGCGUCUUCAUGACGUGCCGGGACACGCUGCAGUGCGUGCAUGAGCCGUUCGGUGAUGCCUUCUACUUCGGCCCCGAAAGGCUCAGCGAGCGCUACGAGGACGACGCCAAGGCGAGAGAGGAGAGCGGCUUCGCAGACAGCACCUACAAGACCAUCUUCGAGCGAAUCGAGCGUGAGAACACUGAGGGCAAGCGGAUCUUCAUCAAAGACAUUACGCACUACCUGGUGCCGCCGGAGCACAAGCCAGCGUCGAUUGCGUCAUCUCUCGUGCAGUACAAGCGUGGCGUCGGCACUGACGGCCCCCAGCCCACCGCUCACGAACGCGUUGACAGCGCCCACGGCAGCGACACUGCUUCCAAGGACGACGUCAACGGAGCGCCGAAUGGGGUGAGCCAUGAGGCGAGGAUCGAGGGACACGAGGCCACCAAGCCUCCGUACCCGUACCCAACGCUGGUCGAGGCGGGCAACCCGACCGUCGUGCCGACGGAGCUGCUCGCCAAGUUCCACUGGACCUUCCUGAUCCGCCACCCGCGCAACAGCAUUCCCUCGUACUACCGUUGCACCAUCCCGCCGCUCGACGACAUCACCGGCUUCCACAACUUCAUGCCCUCCGAGGCCGGCUACGACGAGCUCCGCCGCACCUUCGACUACCUCAAGUCCAUCGGCCUCGUCGGCCCCAAGAUCGCCGGCCAGGAGACCAACGGCGAGGUCAACGGCACCGUCAAGCCUCCCUUCGGCGCCGAGCCCGUCGAGAUCUGUGUCAUCGACGCCGAUGACCUCCUCGACAACCCCGCCGGCAUCAUCAAGCGCUACUGCGAGAGCGUCGGCAUCGAGUACACCCCGGACAUGUUGACCUGGGACAACGAUGAGGAUCAUCGCAUCGCCAAGGAGAGAUUCGAGAAGUGGAAGGGCUUCCACGAGGAUGCCAUCGAAUCGAGGGAUCUCAAGCCUCGCGCCCAGAUUCCGAAGCCCGACGACGAACUUUACGCCGAAUGGGUCAAGAAAUUUGGAGAGGAGGGAGCCAAGGUCAUCAAGGAGACUGUCGACAAGAACGUUGCCGACUACGAAUACCUCAAGCAGUUUGCUAUGAAGGUAUAA